AUGGCAAACGACGCAAACCGGACGGCAGCGACGCAGGCGGCAGAUGACGACGAGAUCGACGACUGGGACAAGCGGAUCUUCUCGACGGGCUGUGCGCAAGAGAAUGCAAAAAUGACGGAUUGCUACUAUGAGAAGAAGGAUUGGCGCGCCUGCAAGAGGGAGAUGGACGCAUUCCGCGAGUGCUGGAAGCGUCAGGGAAACAAUCAGCGGACCUCUACGAAGGACGCCUGA